AUGAAAGGCAAUAAAAUAUUUGCAACGGUUUUGUUGCCAUUAAUUCUAUAUCAGUUAGGUCAUGCUAACCAUAAUUUUUGUGAUUAUUGCGCCAACCAGUGUGACCACGGUCCUAAUUUCCAUUAUUGGAUUGUCGAAGAAAAAGAGUUAUCUCCGGACAAUUACGUACAAACUGGAAAAGUUAUCAAUGGUCGGUUCCCUGGACCGACUAUCCGAGUUUUUCCGCAUGAAUAUUUGGUGGUCAAAGUAGAAAACAGGUUGCCCGUGGGGUUGUCAAUCCACUGGCACGGCCUUCACCAAGAACACACCUUGGCCUCCGAUGGGGCAGAAAUGAUCACUCAGCAUGAAAUCCAAACCAAUAACACCUUCACAUACUGCAUGCACAUUGGUAACCAAGAGGGAACUUAUGCUUAUCACGCUCACUCCCGUCUCGACAUCAUUUGGAUUCAUGGGGCCUUGAUAAUUGUGGAUCCUCCCGUCCUCUUGGCCAAUUUACUACGACUUCCCGACUACACAUAUCAAGACGAACGAGUGAUUAUUUUGGAGCAAUUAUACCACAUUCCAUUGUCUGAACUUAUGGACCGUCUGCUCGUCACCGGCGGCCCACGUCCGCCAACGGCAAGUCUUCUUAUCAAUGGAAAAUCUUAUGGAAAAUGGUCAGAUGCGGCAAACAAUAAAUUCAUCGAUUGUGGAGGUUAUCACGUCACAAAAGUCCUUUGGGGGGUAACCUACAGGUUUCGCGUAAUGAACUUAUCGUCCGACAAAUUUCUUCGGUUUUACAUUACCAACCACAAAAUGCGAGUAAUUGAGGCAGAUGGGAUUUAUAUCGACCCAAUUGAAGUUGAAUAUCUUAACGUCCACGCUGCACAACGGUACAGCGUCAUCGUGACGAUGAAUCAAGCGGUGGGCAAUUACUGGAUGGAGAGUAAAAGCAUCGGCCAGGGCACAGGGCCAGGAAAUGGAGCAGCAAUUCUUCAUUACAUCGGAGCUUCUGACCCAACACCGCUCCGGACACAAGCACGUGAUGCAACAAUUGAAGCAAUUCCCAUGGACGAAUGGGUAACAUCAAAGAUUCGCCCCAAUCUUGACUUGAGGCAAAGAAGCGUGUACCCAGUUCCCGAGUCGGUGGACAGAAACAUUUAUAUCGACUUUCACUUGAAAGUUAUACCCCCCGUUUCAAGAUUUGCAAUAAAUGGUCACAUCUUCCAGGAUCCAGACGAGCCUUACUUGGCCCAAGUGCGAAGGAAUGUCAACAUCACAGAGGAGCCACAAGUGUUUGAAAUACUCGAGGGAGAAAAUAUCCAAGUUAUUUUACAGAACAGGGCUGGUGGCUUUUCCUCAGAUUGUGGGGAACAUCCUUGGCACCUGCACGGGAGAUUUUUUCAUGUCGUAGCGCAUGGCUAUGACGAGUUUGAGGAAGAGAGAGACCUACCACUAAUUGACAAAAUGGUUCGUGAAUCCGACAAAAAUUUUGAAUUCCGAGACGUUUUCGUCCAAUAUCCACAUCAGACGGUUCGAAACUCUUCGACGGGGGUGGCCUGCGGCUGGUAUGCCCUCAGAUUUAAGUCCAACAAUCCUGGAAUUUGGUUGGCUCACUGUCACAUUACGCAACACAUGAUUCUUGGCAAGAUGGUUGUAAUUUGGGAACACAGCGUGGCCAAUCCAACCCUUAUAGGAGAAUAGAAGUAGAAUAAAGCCAAUA